AUGUCGAAGUCGCCAACUGCACAAGACGCUGAGGAGGAGGAAAUUCACUUCUCUCGGGUUAUCGCAACGUUUCGAAAUUACCUACGAUACUCGCUCGCCGCGAAUAAUAGGCGUCGAAAGGACCUCUUCACUAUCCCCCGCGCAGAUCGAGAACUUAUUGGAAGAGUGGGAUAUAAAAGCAAACUAGAUGAAGUCGACAAGGCUAUCAAGGCCAACGCUGAUUUCCUCGAUCUCAUCGUGUCGGAUCCAGCAAUUUUUGGGCAUAACGUAGACUCUACAAGUGCUGAAGAGGAACACCCAAGUGAUGUGGCUGAGGGGCAACCACACGACGGUCCUUCUGGACAGCACGGGCACUCCCAUGACCAUGGACACUCGCAUGAUCACGGCAGCCAUUCUCACUCGCACGGAGGCCCUUCGUCCCGUUCUGAGACGGCCUCCUCGGAUUUCGAUAUGGAUAAACUACGCAGCACCAUCAAGCAGUUUGUGCGAGACUGGAGUGCUGAGGGGAAAGAAGAGCGGGAGCAGGCCUAUGCGCCAAUGAAAGAGGCCUUAUUGAACCAUUUCUCCGAUAUACCUCCAGCCGAAAGAGGAAAUUUUAGAGUUCUAGUCCCCGGAUGUGGUCUUGCACGUCUUGCAUAUGACAUCGCAAAACUUGGGUUCGCCUGCCAGGCUAACGAAUUCUCCCAUUAUAUGUUAUUACCGUCCUUCCAUAUAUUGAACAGGACCGAUCAGAUUGAAAAGUACACUAUCUAUCCCUACGUGCACUCAUUUUCCAACGUACCCAACCGGCAAGCCAUGCUUCGAUCGAUCCGCAUCCCCGAUGUCUUACCUUCCGACCUCCCCUCUGGUGCCAACUUUUCUUUAGUGGCUGGUGACUUUGAGGAAAUAUAUGGUGAAACAGAAGAGCCAGAGGAUGGUGCUCCGUCGGCCGGUCAUUGGGAUGCCGUCGUGACAUGCUUUUUCAUCGACACAGCCAAAAAUGUGGUCAACUACCUACGGAUUAUCCACCAAAUCCUCGCUCCAGGCGGAGUGUGGAUUAACCUAGGUCCCCUUCUCUGGCAUUUCGAAAACAACAAUACCAACGACCCGUCCAUUGAGCUUGACUUGGAAGAAGUGAAGAGCCUUUGCCGAGAGAUUGGCUUCGACAUAUCGAACGAACGUACCAUUCCGACAACAUACUGCAGCAACUCUGAAGGGAUGCUAGGCUAUGUAUAUGAAACAUCCUUUUGGACAGCUACAAAGCGACCAUAG